GAAGAUCUGACAAGAGUGGCAGCAGAGGAGUCUCAGUGAGAGAAGGCCAAGCAAGGAACAGGAGGCAUAAGCAGGCAGGUCACAGUGACUGCUCUCCUGCUGCAGUGGGUUGGCCUGAAGAACCAAACUGGCAGCUUCACAUUUCCUUGCUCAUUCUUCUCUCUGUGCAUGCGAGGGCAAACUUCCAUGAUAACAUGCUUUUGCGAAGUUCAGGAAAAUUAAAUGUGGGCACCAAGAAAGAGGAUGGGGAGAGCACAGCCCCCACCCCUCGUCCAAAGGUCUUGCGUUGUAAAUGCCACCACCAUUGUCCAGAAGACUCGGUCAACAAUAUCUGCAGCACAGACGGAUACUGUUUCACAAUGAUAGAGGAAGACGACUCUGGGAUGCCUGUGGUCACUUCUGGGUGUCUAGGACUAGAAGGUUCAGAUUUUCAGUGUCGGGACACUCCUAUUCCUCAUCAAAGAAGAUCAAUUGAAUGCUGCACAGAAAGGAAUGAAUGUAAUAAAGACCUCCACCCUACUUUGCCUCCACUGAAAAACAGAGAUUUUGUUGAUGGACCUAUACACCACAAGGCCUUACUUAUAUCUGUGACUGUCUGUAGUUUGCUAUUGGUCCUUAUCAUUUUAUUUUGUUACUUCAGGUAUAAAAGACAAGAAACCAGACCUCGGUACAGCAUUGGGCUGGAACAGGAUGGAACUUACAUUCCUCCUGGAGAAUCCCUGAGAGACUUAAUUGAGCAGUCUCAAAGCUCAGGAAGUGGAUCAGGCCUCCCUCUGCUGGUCCAAAGGACUAUAGCUAAGCAGAUUCAGAUGGUGAAACAGAUUGGAAAAGGUCGCUAUGGGGAAGUUUGGAUGGGAAAGUGGCGUGGCGAAAAGGUAGCUGUGAAAGUGUUCUUCACCACAGAGGAAGCCAGCUGGUUCAGAGAGACAGAAAUCUAUCAGACAGUGUUGAUGAGGCAUGAAAACAUUUUGGGGUUCAUUGCUGCAGAUAUCAAAGGAACUGGGUCCUGGACCCAGCUCUACCUCAUCACAGACUAUCAUGAAAACGGUUCCCUUUAUGAUUACCUAAAGUCCACCACCCUAGACACUAAAUCCAUGUUGAAGUUAGCCUACUCUUCUGUCAGUGGCUUAUGUCAUUUACACACAGAAAUCUUCAGUACUCAAGGCAAACCAGCGAUUGCACACCGAGAUCUGAAAAGUAAGAACAUCCUGGUGAAGAAAAAUGGAACUUGCUGCAUAGCUGACCUGGGCCUGGCUGUUAAGUUUAUUAGUGAUACAAAUGAAGUUGACAUACCACCCAACACUCGUGUUGGCACCAAGCGCUACAUGCCUCCAGAGGUGUUGGACGAGAGCUUGAAUAGAAACCACUUUCAGUCUUACAUCAUGGCUGAUAUGUACAGUUUUGGACUCAUCCUUUGGGAGGUUGCUCGGAGAUGUGUUUCAGGAGGUAUAGUGGAAGAAUACCAGCUUCCCUAUCAUGACCUGGUGCCCACUGACCCCUCUUACGAGGACAUGAGAGAGAUUGUGUGCAUCAAGAAGUCACGGCCCUCAUUCCCCAAUCGCUGGAGCAGUGAUGAGUGUCUAAGGCAGAUGGGGAAACUCAUGACAGAGUGCUGGGCUCACAAUCCUGCAUCAAGGCUGACAGCCCUGCGUGUUAAGAAGACACUUGCCAAAAUGUCAGAGUCUCAGGACAUUAAACUCUGAUAUGAGGGUAAAGGAAGCAUCUCCGCCGAAGGCCAAUAGAUACUCGUCUGCUCUGGGCAGAGCAAAAGGUGUUAAAGAAGCAUCUGCAGUCCAAGCCUCGAAUGUUGUCCUGCUUCUUGGUGGGUUCAGACCUUACCUCUCAGGGAGCAGCCUGGACAUAGAGUAGAGAAGUUCCCAGAACCACAGAUUCCUCUGUGUCUGUUUGUAGGAGGGAGAAACCGCUUGGGUAACUUAUUCAAGAUACGAUGCAUGUUGCUUUCUAAGAAAGCCCUGUAUGUUGGGAUUGCCAUUUUUUUAAAAAGAUGCUUUAAUUUUGCCAAAAUAAAACAAAUAUUGUAUAUGUUUUAAGGUUUAUACUAUUAUAGUUUAAUGAUAACAAAAGUUCUUCCCAGAAACUGUGUUGGAAGGUAAAUUAAAAUAUAUGUUUUUCCAUUGGUAGAAUAUGUUGCACUCUAACAAAAGACAGUCUGUGAAAUCGGAGAACAUAGAAUGGAACUCAUCUUAAGAUAACCCCCAACCUGGCCUCCUCCUACCACUUUGGCCAGCCCUGCAUUUGGGGCUGCCACAACAAUGUGAAUGCAUGUGGGCACAAGUUCUACCUUUCUGGGAACACAUUUUGGAAUUCCUGCAGGUGGCCUUUUGCAGCUUCAGACAACAUGGAACAAAUGAAGGUUUUAUGUGUCUGUAAUAGAAGUGUUGAUGGGUGUUCUUCAGAACCACUUCUGUCUCUGAUUGUGUUCGGCUCUUCUUUCAUGGUGAAAUCCCUUCCUUUUCAUUAAACACAAGCAAAGCUUUUUCUCAUGUGCAGAGAAUUGACCUGUGCAUGCUUUUGAUCUCUCAAAUAGAAAGAUCAAUAUUAAAUAAAAUGGCCAUGAGUUGUGUUAAAGACAAGGUACUCUAAAAUAAUUUGCUAUUGUGUUGUAAGAACAUGUCAGUAAGGUAGGGAGGAUGCUGAAGGUGCAGAUGACUUGUUUCUCAUAUGUGCAAAGGAGCCUAUCUCAGAAGCACAAGGAAAGAAGUAUGCACAUCUUAUUUUGUAUGGUUAAGGAUGGUUUAUUUUUGUUCUUUUUUCUUAUCUGAAUUAAGAGAUAGAGGGGAAGCAUCUGUCUGGUUAAUUUCAUUAAACUUUAAUUUAAAAAUAGAUAAAUAUAACCUUCAGAUAGAAUAGCAGAAGAGAGUUAGUGGAGACCACAAGAUAUUAUGGCUGCUGUGAUUUAUUAUGCUAGAAUAGAAAUGGUUCUAACAUGGGCAUCUUCAAUGAUCAUUUCACAUCCUAAGAUCACUGGCUCACUUUAUUCUUGUGAUGUUCAAUUCACUAUUUAAUUUAUUAUUGUUUUUCUGCUCUGUAAUACUUGCGUAAAAUAUUUCUCCAUUUUAACUUUUGAGCAAUAGGAAUAAAAUCAUCGACAGUGCCAAUAUUCCCUAGCAACAAGAAUCUUAUAGUUUUAAACUGUGCACCCUGUUCUCAUUUUUUUUUUCAUUUCAUUUCCUUACAGUGGUUUUCCUUUGCUUCUUUAGUAGUUAG